AGUUUUCUAUCGAAUUGUGACAAUGUUUGACUACUUUAAAGGCUUCUAAAAGUAUACAACUACAUUUGAAAAAGCGACAAAAGUUAUUUUUGCGGGAAAAAUGACUAUAGUAGACAAGAAAGUAAAAGUAACAUCAGGUAUUGACAUAAAGUAGAGCAGCACCUGUCGAGCAGAGUUGUGCCGCUGACGCAAACAGCCCGGGGUCUCUAGAUAAUGGGAAAGUCCCUGGCAUUAUGACGUAACGACCGCGAGAAGUCUGGAAACCGCGGAUUGAUCUUCAGCGCGGUGAUCAGGUCCGGGCAUUAGGAGUUGGAGAAGUAGCGGAUUUAAAAACUUUCUGCCUGCAAGUCUGUUCGUGGUUCUAGCGCUCCAUGAAGAGUCCCUGAGUUCCAAAAGCGAAAUAAUGGCUCUUUAAACCACGUCCUCCUUCUGCGCCGUUAAGCUUCGACUGCUUUGCUCCUACAAAACAGCUGAGGAAGUAUGGGGUCUACAGUUGUUUCCACAACUCUCGCCUCCAUCCAGCGAAUGGUUUGUGCUUUUGGACAACACGAUCGAAGCAGUCGACACGAUGGCGGCAUCGAUCCUUCGCAAGAAAAUUCCCCCCAUUUCCACGGGCGAGCUCAACGCUCCCCCUCUCCCACGGGCUAGCCAUAACCAAUCACGGCUUAGGUCGGGGGCGGAGCUAGCGGAGCGGCAGCACUUAAUUGGUGAUGGUCACUCUGAUUGGAUGACUGAAAAAGUUGAUUUGUCUUCAUUUGUGUCAACGACUGAGUCUUCUCCGAGCUCAUCUCUUCCACCCUCGCCGUUAGAACAGGAUGUCAAGGUGCCCUCGGAUCUGGAGGUUAUGACCUCCUUACUGCAGGAGGAACUGGCUCAGCUGGAGGACUACUUCCGCUCUGAGUCCACAUCCACCACAAAUAAGUUGGAGAAAUCCUCAAAAUGUGACAAGGUUUCCCAAGCCAUGGGUUCCCAGUCUUAUUAUCAGUUACCCUAUGGCUCAUACGGGACCAGCCAAUCAGAAACCAGCCCUGUGGUAGUUACCUUGGCAACAGGGGAACUGGACCUGGCCAGCUUCUGUGGCGGUCCCAUUAGCAGAACCAAAAUUGCACGGCCCGCUCCGUACAGCUACCAUCACCGCUACCACCACAACGCCGGGCGCAGAAUCCUCAGCGAGUCUGUGAAAGUUGGGGAUGAAGUCGGUCUUGAAACGUGGGGCUCCAGGGGGUGUUACUCAGGAAGCACGGAAUGUUCCGUGAACCACUACUCUACACUGAAGACAGUGAGCAAGAACAGCAUCGGCAGCGUGAAGAAGGUGAGAGAAUGUGCUUUAUCGUUGAAGGAGGAGGAGAGCUAUUGUUUUUCCGAAGGAAUGUUUUGCAGUGAAGAGAUUGCCCGAGGCUUCUGUUUGGGUGGCUCGUACGAUGGCCACCACAAGCGAGAAGGACAGCUGAUGCACAACGUGAAGGUCAAUGUAAGUUAUGACAGCACAGGGCUCGAGGUCUUGCACUGCAGCAAGGAUGGGGGACUCUCUGGAAGUCUCCCUCAAGAGACAAUGGUGGCUGGUGAUGGCUACUUCCAUCAGUCCAUGGCCGGCACGGAGCCAUACCAUAGCUUUAUAGGAGACCUAGAUCAGCCGGCACAGGCGCAGGCUGUGGAGCCCCAACAUGGCCACUACCUCUACCCAGAAUGCCUUGCAGACCAAAGCUAUGAAUGUCUGUCUAGAGGGGAGAGCGAGGGGCCGCUGCUGGGCGCCCCCAUCCACCGCCCCACCCAGAGGUUAAAGGAUGAGCCCUGCUCCCUGAAGCCAGCCCUGGUGAUGGCUGCAGCUUCUCUAGAUACAGGCAGCGGAGAGAGGAAGCAGAAGAAGAGAGACCAGAACAAAACUGCUGCUCACAGGUACAGGCUGCGUAAGAGGGCGGAGCUGGACUCUCUGGAGGAGGAGCUGCAUGGCCUUGAAGGACAGAACCGGGAGCUACGUGACAAGGCGGAGUCGGUGGAGCGAGAAAUCCAGUACGUCAAAGAUUUACUGAUUGAGGUGUACAAGGCUCGCAGUCAGCGGCUCAAACAGGAUGGUAGUGCCUGAAAACGCCCCUCACUCACCUCAACCACCGUUCCUCCAGCCAGCACAGAGACAACAAUCACGUCAAGAGCAUCAACCGGUUUCUGUCCCAGCAAGAUUGAAAGGGUAGUUGCAUGAUUCUGGUAGUUCUUAUCGAGAAAAAAAACAUUUAAAGGGAAGUGGCCGAACAGAAUGAAAUGUUUGCCUGAAAAAGAGAGAAUAAAGAGAAGUGUGGAAGUAUGUGACUGAACUGUGAGAAGCCAUGGUGAGGUGGCUUCAUGAGGAGAUGCUGAUCUUGUCCGUGAUCACUGUGAUCCGAACUGUUCUCACAGCCUUGUGACGAUGACUGAGUCUGAGCUCGCGUCGAUGGAUCGUUAUCUAAACGCUCUCUGGAUUCGUGGUAGUGAUUGAAAUUUGCUUGUUGUUUUCGUGCCACACAUCAGCAGCAUCAAGGCAGACUCAUACUAAAUAUAUUUUAUUUUUACCUGAUAACUUAUCGUUUGCUUAAAACAAUCAAAUGAAUAAAGGGAUUGCUGGCAAAAGUGUUUUACAUGCUUUACAAAUAUUCAUUUAGAGACAUUUAGAGAAUAUGUAUUGCAAAGCUGUUGAGUAUUUCCACCUGUUUUACCCCCAAUCAGAUACCCACUGCAUGUUUGAUUUUGGAAAAGCAUGUGCGAGUGCUGUUUGAAGGCAAAAUUAUGUUAACUGCAUGGCUUCAAGAUCUUCACUUCGCAUCAGUUUAGCAGAGUUCUCCGUCCCGUCAGCCCACAACUUUUCUCUCACCUUGUCCUGAUUAGUGUGAUUCCCUCUCAGGUUUUGGUUUGUUGUGCGGAGAAACAAAUAUUCACCUGCUUUACCCCCUUAUACCCCUUCUAUCUGUCUCUUGGCUGUAUUUUGCGGACAAACAAUCACUUACUGAGGCUACAAUACUCGUUUACUUGCAGGACGGCUUCCUGGGAAUUUUAUUGUCAAUCAACCAAUUUGAUAUAACUAAGAUUCAGGUCCUUUUUAUUAUUUGAUGUCAAUAUCAGGAAAUCUAUGAUUCAUCAGGUAAAUUACAGCCAAAUAAACCAGUUGUGUGGUAUCACUCA